GCCACCGCUGGUCGUAGAGUUAAGCUCGAUCUGUUCGCGGAACCCACUGGAGAUUUGGGGGGCUCAUCUAUCCAGGAAGAAGUUGAAGGGGACGGUGACUCCAAAAGACAUGCCGAGUUUCCGGAUUCACCAUCAUCUUCAGGUGGGUUCCGUCAGUUUUCUUCAAAGGACUGCUCUUUGUAGAGAAGACAUGAUGUGACCGCAUAAUUUUGGUGGAAAUUAUUCGGUUUUUUUGUGCAAGACAUGUUAUUUGCACCUCGAAAAUUUUAUGUUGAGACUGUAGGAUGGCUGUGGUAUUGGGAACAUCAAUUGGUAAUCAGACUUCAUCCGCCCCCUGCCACAGUGCAUAAUUCUGUGAACUUUCCACCUGCCUUGAACUUAUUUUGGCGGCAUCAAGGGCAGUUUGGAGCUCACCUGGAUUUUGCUGAAUUGGUCCGUAUGUCUUUGGCUUUAUUUCCUUUUGGCGGUACUGACAUUUGAAAUUUCUGCUACAGGUUUGAUGGCAUUGCUGAUGCUCUAACCUUUGCCCUUAAUGUUGAAUUAUUCAUUUGAUGUUUAUGACAAAUAUUUGGCAACAGCCACAGAAUCCGCUCCUACUGCUUGAGCAAUACAGUGAUGAUGAGUUGGAUGCGGAUUCAAAGGAAGUACAAAGUGCUGCAAAUGCAGAGGAUGCACCUAUCGGCACGGAUGAGCAGCCAAAAGAUGUGGCCACGAACAAAGCUGGAGCUGCUUUAAUUAAUAACAGAAAAGAUUCCACGGAAGAGGUGGGAGAGCUUUUGAUGGAUAGCACUUCUGCUGCUUCUCAGUGUCCUGGAGAAAAACCUCAGGAUGGGCAGACCGAUUCUAAUGAAUUGCAGAAUCAAGCAAAUAAUAUGAAGAAAUCUACAAACUCUGCUGCACUUGAUGGACACCUUGUUGGUGACGUGAAUUUAGGCUGGAAAAUGGUGUUGCAUGAAGAGAGUAAUCAGUAUUACUAUUGGAAUGUUACAACGGGUGAAACUUCAUGGGAAAUGCCUAAUGUUCUGGCCCAACAAACUGUUGACACAUCUGCAGAGAAAGAUAUCAGUGAUACUGCAGAAAAAACUGAUGCUAUCAUGGGCACAUACCAAUCAAGUACGGCCCUGGGCAAGGUAGAAGAUGAUUUCCAAGCUAGUGUUCAUCCCAAGGGUGAUUCUGAAGCCGCUGACAGUGUUGAUCCAUGGAAAAAUAAAGAUGGGCCUAAUGAUGGAUCCAUUACGGAUGUGAUGAAAGUUGAAGAAGACAAUAGAGAAGCAAACCAAGAUCACUGUACUUCCUUACUUGGUGGACACUCUAUAGAAAGUAAUAGCUCCACUGAUCUAUCUGUCCAGCUGAUAAAGCAGUGUGAAAGCCUGUUAGAGAGACUUAGCUCUAUGAAAGGUUUGAACAGCUCUCUGGAAGACCAAGAUCUUAAAUCAAAGUACAGGUUGGAGAUUGAGAUCAGACUGGCGGACAUCAAGGCAUUAUCAUCCUAUGAAUCAUGUCUGCUUCCCUUUUGGUUGCAUUCUGAGACUCAGCUGAAACAACUUGAAGCUGCCAUUGAUUGUGCCAUUCAACAAGCGACUCCAGCAUUCAUGGAUGAAGUUGAGGCUGCACAAGAACCUUAUGAAGACACCAGUAAUGACACAAACAUGGGUUCUAGUGAAAUGAAGGCACUAUUUCCUAUACCGGAGUUGCAUGACACAACCGAGAAGGCAAUGCCAGAGGCUCAUAAUGAUGGCGCCACAACCAUGGAACAUGGUCUGGGUAAAAAAAGUGAAAUAAUUGUAACUGGAAAGGAAAGUGAACUUAAUCGGCUUUCUCUUCAUUCCAUGGAAGAUGUUGAUAUGGAUGUUGACAUGGAGGUCGAAGAUGCAUCACCCACUGCUCAGUAUCAUGUCCCUGUGGAGCCAUUAGAUAUGCAGAGUAUGCUUUCAAACCAGGAAUCCAACGUGCCAGGGCAGGUUAGUAUUCCUACUGAUGAAGAGUGGAUCCCUCCCCCACCUCCUGAUGAUGAAUCUUUUCCACCACUGCCUCCUGACGAUGAACCUUUUCCUCCACCACCACCUGACGAACCUCCAGAAACUUCAUAUCCUCCAUCCAAUUUUAGCUUGGUUCAGGCUAAUCCUUAUUCAGGAGAGUACACCCUGUAUCCUGGUACUGGGCUUGACUAUUAUCUGCAAACAAACCCUGAAGUUUCUGGCAGUGCCCUUUAUACACAUUCUGAGGGAGCACAAGUAGCUCUUUCCCAUGUACCACCACCAAAUUAUUAUGAAGCAGGUCCAGAUAUAUAUCCUGUUGCACCUGCAAUAGUCAAUCCUGUCGAGACUACAUCGUAUUAUGGCCUUCAAAAUGGAACCCUGAAUCCUGUGCCAUUGAUGCAUAGCAAGGCUAAUGGUGAACCUUCUUUUGAAGAUACUGGUGUGGAAGUUGGGUCUAGUCUAUUGUUGAAGAACAACUUCGAUGUUAAUCAGUCGUUUGAAAGCACUACAAUAGCACCUCCAGAGCUCUCUGAAGCUCGGCCGUCUCCAGCAACUUCUUCUAAGGAAAAUGAUGCUCCUGUUACCUCAACAUCAGAUACCACUGCUUCGGUUUCAUCCUCUUCUGCUGCUGCUGCUGCCGCCGCCGCUGCUGCUGCUGCAAUGAAGUCUCAGUCUAAGGUUUCCCGCACAAAGAAGCGAACAAUUGCAGUGGGCCCCACGUUGAGAUCUAACAAGAAGGUCUCUAGCAUGGUGGACAAGUGGAAAGCUGCAAAAGAGGAGUUGCAUGAAGAGGUUGAAGAACCUAAAGAUGCUUAUGAAAUAUUGGAGAUGAAACGGCAAAGGGAAAUAGAGAAAUGGCGUGCGAAUCAGAUAGCCAGUGGCGAGGCUAAAGAUAAUGCUAAUUUUCAGCCUUUGGGUGGUGAUUGGAGAGAACGAGUAAAGCGCAGGAGGGCAGAAAAGAGAAAAGAAACUGAAAAAACUUCACCAGAAGCUUCUGCAGAUAAAAGCCAGCAGCAACCUGAUCUUAUAGAACUUUCAAAAAGCCUCCCAUCUGGAUGGCAGGCGUACUGGGAUGUUUCAUCCAAGAAAGUAUACUACGGAAACGUGUUGACAUCAGUAACUUCGUGGGUCAGGCCGACAGAUUAGAGAAUCACUUUAGUGUUGUUAUCUCCAUAUGUAACCUAACAUUCUUUGGUUGAGCUUAUGCUGAAUUGCUGAUACCAUUGUUGGAGAGUAGGGUCUCACAAUACUACCAACUAGUGUAUUAUGUGUAUACCACUUUUCUAGUCAUGAAUGAAAUCAAGUGGUUACAUAACA